AUGCGCAAACUGAAAUGGGACGACUCUCUCGCCGCCUCUGCUCAAAACUACUCCAACACUUGUCCAGACCGUCUCUCCGCACCAUCACGAGAUGGAGAGAACGUCUUCUUUGCAACUAGUUCAAACGGGCAAGACAGUGUUGAUUACUAUGGAGAUGGAGCAUCGGAAAUAUGGAAAAGCGAGUUCGAAAAUAGAGGAUGGAAUUCCACUAAGAUGGAUGAUAACGCCUUCAAUUCUGGAAUCAAAGAGGCUUCUCAGAUGGUUUGGGCUGAGACACAUUUAAUUGGGUGUGGAGUGAGUGUGUGUCCAAAGGACAACCGGUUCAAAUAUGUAGUUGUGUGCCAAUAUAAAGAGCCAGGAAACAAGAAGGAUACAAACAUUAAUGAAGAAGGAACGACCUGCUCGAACUGCCCUGAAAAUUUUGGAUGCGAUAAUAACACUGGGUUGUGUAUUCUGUAA